CCCCUCUAUGCAGGCAAGCAAAUGCAAGUGAUAAACCCAAGUAGAGACUCACACUUUAAGCAACCAGUGCUAAAAAAUUCUCUUAAAAUCUUCGGUCAAUUUCUAGGCCUCGAAUAGUAAUAGCAAAAUAGUAAUAAUCAUCUUCGUUAAUUGAGUGGUUGGUUUGUUUCCACGCGCCUCGACAAACAAUUUCACGUCUAAUUCCAGUCCAUCAGCCUUGAACUGUGAAUCUUAUCGUCAUAGAUACUAAACUAAUCUUGAAAAAACACCUUCAAAUCGCCGUGUUUAACCUAUUGAACACCCAGAGUCCACCAUGGGGGCCUUAAAAGUUGUUUUCGCUUUAUUCGCAGUGAUUACGGGCUUAACCGGGGUGUUGUUUUAUCGAAUAAUUACGCCCAAACCCAUUCCGAAAUUCGACGAAUCUCAAUAUUGGGGACCUGGUAAACAGCCGGACAAAUUGGAUGAUUCCAUCAGGGCAUUUACAGUUCAAGUUCCAAAAGAGGUUUUAUUGGACCUAAAGUGGCGCCUGGACCACUUGAGGCCUUUAGUUCCGCCGCUGGAAGGCAUCCACCAUCAAUACGGUUUCAGCACCAACCUGCUGAAGAAAGUGGUGGACUAUUGGAGAACCGAUUACAACUGGACGGAGCGCCAAGUCUACUUCAAUCAAUUCCCGCAAUACAAAACAAAUAUUCAGGGCCUGGAUAUUCACUACUUGCAUGUAAAGCCGAAAAAUCCCGGCAAUAAAAAGGUGUUGCCGCUAUUGAUCAUACACGGUUGGCCUGGAUCAGUUCGAGAGUUCUACGAAAUCAUCCCCAUUCUGACCACAGCGGCCAAAGAUAGGGACUUUGUGUUCGAAGUGAUUGCGCCUCAUAUUCCGGGCUAUGGAUUUUCACAGGCUGCAUCCAAACCUGGAUUGGGAGCCAAUCAAAUUGCGGUUAUAAUGAGGAACUUGAUGUUUAGACUGGGAUUUAAGCAGUUUUAUUGUCAAGGAGGAGAUUUUGGAGCCAUUAUUCUCCAGUCACUCACCGUUCUCUAUCCGGAGAACGUUUUGGGAUAUCACACCAACAUGGCUUCCAUUAUGACUCCUCUGUCGUAUAUCAAGUAUAUUUUGGGCAGUUUUUGCCCUUCAUGGCUUGUGAAACCCGAACAUCAAGACCGUGUUUUUCCCUUAUGGGACAAAUUCGUCUAUCGGAUCAGGGAAACUGGAUAUUUACAUCUCCAGGCCACUAAACCCGAUACUAUUGGUGUGGGCGCUACUGACUCUCCAGCUGGUUUGGCAGCCUACAUUUUGGAAAAAUUCGUCUUGGGCACCAAUCGGAACUACCUGGAAAAGGACGCUGCAGAUCUCCUUCAGGAAAAGUACUCUUAUGCUUCUUUAGUCGACAAUUUAAUGGUUUACUGGAUAACCGGAUCAGCAACCACAUCGUUUAGACUCUAUGCGGAAUCUUUCAAUAGGAACCAAUUAGCACACGGGGUUCUACGCAAUCCAUUGAAAGUCCCCACAGCGAUAGCACGAUUCGAGUACGAUUUCUACGUAGCUGACGGUAUAAUUAGCGAAUUGUUCCCGAACAAUCUGCAACUAUCAGACCUGGAGGGCGGGCAUUUCGCCGCAUUUGAACGUCCGGAAACUUUCGCCAACGACCUCAUCAGCGCCGUCCAAAAGUUUGAGGAGUACAAUGCAAAAAACCCAAAGAAAUGAUAAUGAAAUGUGCAACUCUAUAGCGCAUUAAACUGGUUUGUUCCACAAUUUUGAAACAUUUUUUUUGCAACUACCUAAACUGUCACAGCUGGUAUGGGAGUGGAACAAGGUGGAUUGAUAAAGGCAAGUGUGUUAGAGCGAGUAGCAAACAACCGCUGGAAUAUACAAAGAGCGCGCACCUGAAACCCCGCCCACAUUCCGCCUACGGGCUCUCUUUCUAAUGCAUUCAUUUGGCAGGCGAAUUCUUUCUUUUUUCACACCUUUGCUGAAGGCUCACUAGAAUGAAACUUUUGACUCGCAGCUGUAGGCAAAAUAAAACAAUAGAUGCUUAUUUAGAAGCCAUCGUAAAGCGGAGAAACCACCUUGGGUUGGUCCAAACCAGUACAGAGCUUUUCCAAUGAACAACAAUGUCAAGCAAAUACUUGCCGUACUUAUCGCGAUCAGACCGGAUCUUCAACUCUACUGAGCAAACACAUACUUGCCGUAUAACCCAAUUUUGCUCGCCUGUUUAAUACAGUUAAAUAUUGAUUCUUCUAAGGCCUGAUAACAUCUAAUCUUCUCUUCCAUAAGCCCACCUGCUGACGAGCAACUGCCUUCAGCAACAAUCUGUUUCGACAUUUUAAUCGAGUUGUGAAAUGAUCAAAUUUGGCAAAGUUGUGCAGACGAAAAGUGUUUCUGAGUGUUUUUGCGACGUUCUGAGCCAUGUGGAUGGAACAACGGGACGAGCUGGGAUUUAUCAUCCUGCUAAUGAUUGCCAUUAUCUUAGCGGUAUUGAUUAGGAACUACAUCAGAUUGAAGCGUGAACAAGUGAGAAGAAUACAACAGAAUGAACGGCGUACAGCGCAAGCCAAUCAGACGACCGGCAACAUAAGUGGCCACGUCCCUGGACAGAACGCACCACCUUAUCCAGAUGCCUACCUAUCAAUCGAACAUAUCAUAGUGGAAAAUGAGCUGAAUAAAUCCCAAAAAUGCACUGAAGCUCCUCCUUCAUAUGAAGAAGCCAUGAGGUUGGCGUUGGCCCACAGCAACUCCCUGCAAACUUACGAAGUUGAGCAGAGGAGCGCCAAUCAGCAGCUCGGAGCGAAUCAAGCUACGUCUUCAGCAACCCCGAUUGCGCCCACCCAUCAGCCAACCGCUGUGCCACUCGAGAGAUUUUAAUGCGGAUUUUUUACUUUUUUGUUUAGUACUUAGUUCUGACUGGAAGAUGGAACUCCCCAUUGAAUUUACUCAUUCACUGGUGUGGAAAGUUCCAUCAAUGUGCCACUAAACCGUCGGCCACUAAACCUGGGUGGAGAUUUUUAUUUGUGUGUUAAUGAUAUUUUCGUGUUCAUUUGUACUCAGUUGAACAGAAAUGCUUUCGCUUCGAGAAGAAAUUCUCUUCGGAAAAAGGAGAAGUCAAAAGGGUCCAAUUGAGCUGAUGCUACAUCUUCAAAUUACAUCACUGGUACUCAAAAGUAUUAUUUCGUCUAGGAAAAUAAUCCAUUGUGAUACGUCUUUAUGUUAGUCAAUAUAGUUUUGUAAGAAUAGUCAAGUCUAUUGUACAUAUAGUUUAAUCGGCUACUUUAAGACGCAUUUUUUAUCAGAAGACCUGACCAAAACGGUUUGUCAAUAAAACGCGCCUCUGUUGCGCUUAUCUCAAGAUACACUUUUAAUACAUUAUUUUAUGGUGA